GCUGAGUUGUUGACCAACGGGAAGUCCAGUACCCAAGCGGAGCCACCAAGGAAAGGAGGAAUGGAAGCCACCGGCGCAGCCUCGCAGCCCUCGGCGCCGCAGACAACUCACCCGGCGGUGGCGCCGCUGGCCUUCCUACUGGGGAAGUGGCGCGGGGAAGGCGAGGGCAGCUUCCCCACCAUAUCCUCCUUCCGGUACGGCGAGGAGCUCCUCUUCUCGCAUCAUCCCUCCAAGCCAGUGAUCUCGUACACGCAGAAGACGUGGAAGACGGCGUCUGGCGAGCCGAUGCACGCCGAGAGCGGGUACUGGCGGCCCCGCCCUGACGGCUCCGUCGACGUGGUCAUCGCUCAGAGCACUGGCCUCGCCGAGGUCCAGAAGGGUUCAUUUGAUGCUGAAAAGAAAACAGUGACACUCCAAAGCGAACUCGUAGGGAAUGCAUCAAAGGUGAAGCAGAUCACGAGAACUUUUCAGGUGGCAGAUGGGGAGCUCUCGUACGUCGUUCAGAUGGCAACGAUCACAACUAGCCUACAGCCACAUCUCAAGGCCCUUCUUAGGAGGAUUUGAAGUUGACCGGCAAAAUCUCCUACAACGACGUCGCUGCGGCUAACCACAACCGAGGGACACCUGUAAUACAGAGCAUACUUCUGGUGAUUACUACGUAGUUAUUAGUGAAUGAACUUACAGGUUAAAUAAAGCUCAUUUUCAAAAACAGAGGUUCCGCUGAUAGGAACUACCGUAUAUGUAAACGGCUUACCAUUCAGCCCAUGCUCCACAAAUCGAGAUUAUUAUUU